GCGGAGCAGCAAGAGGGGAGCCGCACAGACCUGGAAGGCACAGUCCCCCGGGGCAACCCCCCCACGGCGCCGGACAAGCGGCUGCAGAUCCAGAACCCCCUGUACCCGGUGACGGAGAACUCCUACAGCGCCUAUGCCGUCAUGUUCCUCUCCCUCGUCGUCUUCGCCGUGGGCAUCGUUGGCAACCUGGCCGUCAUGUGCAUCGUCUGGCACAGCUACUACCUGAAGAGCGCCUGGAACUCCAUCCUGGCCAGCCUGGCUCUCUGGGAUUUCCUCAUCCUCUUCUUCUGCCUCCCCGUCGUCAUCUUCAACGAGAUCACCAAGACACGGCUGCUGGGGGACCCCUCCUGCCGCGUCGUGCCCUUCCUGGAGGUGUCUUCCUUGGGUGUCACCACCUUCAGCCUCUGCUCCGACAGGUUCCACGCAGCCACCAGCCCCCAGCUCAAGAUGCGGCCGAUCGAGCAGUGCCAAUCCAUCCUCGCCAAGCUGGCCGUCAUCUGGGUGGGCUCCAUGACGCUCUCGGUGCCGGAGAUUCUCCUCUGGCAGCUGGCGCGGGACACGUCGCCGGUCUCAGGGCUGGUGACUGAGUACUGCACCAUGAAGCCUUCCACGGCGCUGCCGGAGUCCGUCUACUCCCUGGUCCUCACCUACCAGAAUGCCAGGAUGUGGUGGUACUUCGGCUGCUACUUCUGCCUGCCCAUCCUCUUCACCGUCAGCUGCCAGCUGGUGACCCGGCGGAUCAGCAGUGCCGAGAAGAAGGCGGAGUGCCGCGGCUCCAAGCACGGCCAGUGCGAGAGGCAGCUUAACUGCACGGUCAUCGGCCUGACGGUCAUCUACGGCCUGUGCACCGUCCCCGAGAACGUCUGCACAGUGGUGGUGGCCUACCUGUCCCCAGACAUGUCCAAGCAGACCUUGGACCUGCUCAGCCUCAUCAACCAGUUCUUCUUGUUCUUCAAGUGCUCCGUGACCCCCGUGCUGCUCCUCUGCCUCUGCAAGCCGCUGGGCCAGGCCUUCAUGGACUGCUGCUGCUGCUGCUGCGAGGAGUGUGGCCAGGACGUGGCCUCCAGCGAGGGCAGCAGCUCUGACAGCAAGCUGAAGACGGAGAUGUCCUCUUCCAUCUUCUUCGACAGGCCCAGGGAGCCGCCGCCCCCGAUCCUGGCCCUCGGCACGCCUUGCUAAGCCCCGCGCACCCCGAGGGAGGCCGGAUUGUUCCCUUGGCGUAUCCCAAGACCAAACAUUGUUAGUCUCAGUGUGUGCACACGAACCGACGGGCGGAGAGGGAGCAGGGCGUCUUCACGCCCACCGUGGGCUUGCUUGGUACCCAGCAAGGACGUUAGAGCCGUUGCCAGCUGAUGUGGCUUCAUAGUUCUCCUGCCUUUACUAGAGAGUCAUCAAGGCCACCCGCAUCUUCCUGUUGUGCUUCCCCGGCAUGGCCCCUGGGGGUUGCUGACCAGGCUAAAGGGGUGUCUUGGAAAGGACCCGCCGGCAGCACUUCCAGGGCGGAGAGGUCCCCCAGUGUCUCCUAGAGGAGGUAGCAACUAGUAAUCUCUCCGACAUAUCCUGGGGGCUCAGCGUCCUCCUUCUUCCCCAGACCCUCCUCCAAACGGGGGGGCAGCCGAUGAAAAGCCUCCUGUAGGAUCUAAACUCUCUCCUGUACGAGUACCGUGUCCUCAAUAAAUCGCUAACCUA